AUGCGGCGCGGCGACGAGUACCUCCCGCCCCUCACAAAGUCGAUCCUCUUGCUCCUCGGCCUCGACGGCGCGCGCACGACGGCACAUCACGUCGCCACGCACGUCGCCCGCUCCUCCUCGCUCGCCAGCGCGAAGCCGACCACGCCGCGCCUCGGGCGGCUCCGCUCCCGCGCGAUGUCCACCGGGACCGGCGGCGCCGUCUGCGCGGCGGCGGCGGAGCAGCUGCGUGCCCAGCAGCCGCCGCCGCCGCAGCACACCAGCUUAGACUUGCGGAGCGCGCCCUCGGAUGAAGGCGGGGGCGGGUUUGGCCACGGAGCCGUGUGA